UUGUGUUUGGGCGCGAGAACCAGAGGCAUAACCUUCAAGCGCUCAAACCACGUGUGGCUCUUGAAUCUAAUAUUCUGUUCCCAGGCAACAUGACAAAGUUGGUGCUAUUGAUUUUGUUCCACGUCGUGGUGACCGGCUCGACCAAUGUUACCUCGGAGGAAUAUUGGCAGCCCGUCCAUAACGUUCAAUUCAUCAAUGAAGGCAUUGCUGUGGUGCCGUUUCGAACGGCGGUGUCGGAUAGUGAGUUCUUCGAAGGAAAAGUGUACCCUUUGGUGGAUGCUCCCUCUGGUUUUUGCAACAUAUCCCCAGACGAAAAGAAAUUCAUCAUCUUCCAUCCCAUGGCGCCGUUCUUCGCCAUACUCAAAUGGCUGCACUGUUUGGGGAACAACACGAAUUUCACGCUGGUUUUCUCCAGCAAAUUCGCAGAUCGUCAUCUAAGUCAGGCUCAGGGCCAGUACGAUGCCAACAUCAUGUUCCUGUCUGCGAAAAACGCCAUCUUCUUGCUCACUUCACCCGAAAGAGAACAUUCUUUGGCCAGCGUGGAUCGGGAUGGUGAAUUGGUGAUUGAGAACAUUGGCUUCCGUGGCCUUGCUCUCUUCGGAGACAAUCAAAUCGUUGGUGGGAUACUUGUCUUGUUCAUGUUGGUCCAAUUUUUGCUGAUGAAUGGCAGAUGCCAGAUCCGAGAUAACGUGACCAAGCUUCGCCGAAAAAUAUCCCGGGUGGCUAAAAGAAGAGCCCAAAACGUGCCACCUACCCAAGGAAAUCGACCUAAUCGUGGACAUGACAACAACAACGACGACAUCGGGAUCGAAAUGGAAGUGUGUGAAGUAGCCCAGCUUUGACUUCCAAACUGCAAUUGCGUAGCGUGCCCAUUUUCAAUUAGAAAUAUUUUGCCCACCAUCAAUUCUGUGUGUGUGUGAAGUUCAAGUUCAACUUGGCAAUUUUCUCUUUGCCUUCCAGCCACAUUCCCAACAAUCCCAAUCAAGAACGUUUCAGCAGGGAUGCCAUUUCAUUCUUUACUCUCCCUUUUGUAUAAGGGAAUUUCAUUCUUAUCGUUCUAUUAAUUGUGAAUGGAUUGAUUUGUAGAGCAUCAGAAUAAAAGAGCCUUUUUUCUCA